AUGUCGACGGCCUACCCGCUCCCUACUAACAUUUCCCCGACCACUGUCGCCAAUACCGCGUCUUUGCUGCGCAUUGUCGCCUUCGGGCUAAUAUCUGGCGCUGCUAUCGCUUCAAGGCUGUUUGCCGUCAUUAAUUUUGAAAGUAUCAUCCAUGAAUUUGACCCAUGGUUCAAUUACCGCGCGACGAGGGUGCUUGCUGCAAAGGGAUUCUAUGAAUUCUGGAAUUGGUUUGAUCCAACGGCAUGGUAUCCUCUUGGCCGUGUCGUAGGAGGUACGGUCUAUCCCGGACUCAUGGCUACUAGCGGUGUCAUCUACAACUUUCUCCACUACUUCAAUCUCCCUGUCGAUAUCAGGAAUAUUUGUGUCCUGCUAGCACCAGGUUUCAGUGCUCUUACGGCAUGGGCUACAUAUAUGUUCACAGCUGAGAUGAAGGACCCUUCCGCCGGCCUUCUUGCAGCAGCAUUCAUCGGCAUCGUUCCUGGAUACAUAUCUCGUUCCGUCGCUGGAUCCUACGACAACGAAGCUAUCGCUAUCUUCCUCCUCAUGUUCACAUUUUACCUCUGGAUCAAAGCCCUCAAGCUAGGAUCUGCACUUUUCGGUACCCUCGCUGCCGUAUUUUACUUCUACAUGGUUGCUGCAUGGGGUGGAUAUGCGUUCAUUACGAACAUGAUUCCUGUACAUGCUUUGGUGCUACUUCUGAUGGGCAGAUUCAGUGGCCGUUUGUAUGUGGCUUAUUGCAGCUGGUAUGCUAUCGGAACACUGUCAAGUAUGCAAGUUCCAUUUGUAGGUUUCCAGCCUGUCAGGACCAGUGAACAUAUGGGUGCCCUCGGUGUUUUCGGAUUACUGCAGAUUGUGGCCUUUGCCAGUCUGGUAAGGUCACAUGUAUCGUCGAAGCAGUUCCAGAACCUUUUGGCGAUCUCGGUUGUGACCAUGGGUGUCCUAGGUGCAGGAGCGUUUGUAGUCAUGACAUACAAAGGAUGGAUUGCUCCAUGGACUGGAAGAUUUUACUCUCUUUGGGACACUGGAUAUGCGAAAAAAUACAUCCCUAUCAUUGCCUCCGUCUCCGAACAUCAGCCAACCGCUUGGCCGUCUUUCUUCAUGGACCUCCAGUUGUUGAUUUUUCUCUUCCCUGCUGGUGUCAUUAUGUGCUUCCGAGAAUUACGGGAUGAACACGUCUUCGUUAUCAUCUACGCUGUUGUUGCAAGUUACUUUGCUGGUGUCAUGGUCAGAUUGAUGUUGACCCUCACACCAGUCGUGUGUGUCAGUGCCGCAGUGGCUCUAUCGACCCUGUUGGACACGUAUGUCGAGGCAAGAGAGCCUCAUGUACCAGAAGAAAGAACGGAGGCAAAUGGAAGCAGUGCACCAGAUGGAAAGAAAACAAAGAAAGCGGGCGGAGCUGUAGGCUCCCAAGCUAGUACCACUGCUGUCGCCGCCGCUUCUUCUGCCAUCUCUGAUUUCGUCUCUGCCACGAGGUCCAGCGCUAGCUCCCCUAGACAAAAGGGAAUCUGGGGCGCAGAUACCCGCCUAGUCAUACUCCUGAAUGCUAUUGGCAUGCUUGUCUUUUUCGUUUUCCAUUGCACCUGGGUUACAUCAAACGCCUACUCCUCCCCCUCCGUAGUGCUUGCUUCAACUAACCCUGACGGAUCACAACAUAUUAUUGACGAUUAUCGCGAAGCAUAUUAUUGGUUGAGGAUGAACACUCCGCAGGAUGCGGUUGUGAUGAGCUGGUGGGAUUACGGAUAUCAGAUCGCGGGUAUGGCUGAUAGGGUGACAUUGGUGGAUAACAAUACUUGGAAUAAUACCCACAUCGCAACUGUUGGUAAGGCUAUGUCAUCUCCUGAAGAAGUGGCAUACCCCAUUCUCCGUAAACAUGAUGUCGACUACGUUCUUGUGAUCUUUGGUGGUCUCUUGGGCUAUUCCGGAGACGACAUUAAUAAAUUCUUGUGGAUGGUCAGGAUCGCACAAGGUGUAUGGCCCGAUGAAAUUCAGGAACCCAAUUACUUUACUCCGCAAGGAGAAUAUCGGGUCGACGACAGAGCGAGUGAGGCUAUGAAGACGAGUUUGAUGUACAAAAUGAGCUACUACCGUUUCUCAGAACUAUACGGUGGCGGGAACGCCGUUGACCGUGUAAGGAACCAGCAGAUACCAAAAGUGGGGCCAACGUUGGAUUACCUCGAGGAAGCAUUUACCACCGAAAAUUGGAUCGUACGAAUUUACAAAGUUCGCAAAGAAGAUACUUUAGGGCGAGAUUUGAAAACUGCGAACGCUUUCGCGCAGGGUAAGAAGAAAAAGAGGAGCAAGCCUGUUAGUAGAAGGAGAGCGAUUGUUUAA